AUGUUUGCUAGUUUACUUCUGCUUCUGCUGGUAGGAGCGAUCAGUUGUGAUGAACCGAGGCGAGAUGCUGAUUAUCCACCGCCAGAAUUUUUGGAAAAAAUGAAACCCAUGCACGAUGAGUGCGUUGCUGAAACCGGUGUCUCAGAAGAUGCCAUCAAGCGGUUUAGUGAUCAAGAAGUGCACGAGGACGACGCGCUCAAGUGCUACAUGAACUGUCUGUUCCAUAAGGCCGGUGUAGUUGACGACAAGGGUGAAUUUCACUACGUUAAAAUUCAGGACUUUUUACCCGAAUCGAUGCACCUGAUAACGCUAAAUUGGUUCAAAAGAUGUCUAUAUCCAGAGGGGGAGAAUCUAUGCGAGAAAGCAUUCUGGCUGAACAAAUGCUGGAAACAGCGUGAUCCGGUUCACUACUUCUUGCCUUAA